AUUGUACCCUUCAUACAUGCUUGACCUGAUGGUGUUAUGCUGGUGUCAGCAACCACGUGACCGGCCGUCUGCCAGCCAGAUAGUGUCGAUUGCGUCUGCGCCGGAAUUCACCCAUCUGCUCGACAUUGUCUCGCUCAAUCACCCCUCCACUGUAGUCGCAACGGUCACUGCCUCCUCGUUCCAGGCCCACAACGAAGACGGCGCCUGUGCGAGCGGAGGCGAGAUCUGGCUGGCAUGUGCCAACAAGGUGACCGAUCAGCUGGUGGUGAGUGGUCACUCGUUUGUCCAGUACUCGAGCCUCGUCCUUCCAGGCGAACCCACAGCCGCUUGCCUCGUCGGCAACUCUAUCUGGCUCGGCGAUUGCAAGGGGCAGAUACAUGCUUAUUUCGCGGGCGAUUGCACGCACAUAUUCAGUUACGCACUAGACCCGAAUCGCCGGCCAACGCAGGCGUGGUGCGCCAUUCUGCACUGGAGCAGCAGUCGCGUGUCGCCGUCGGUCUGUCCAACGGGCGCGUGUUCCUGGUGAGGGAUGACAUGUCGCCGACUGCACCCACCAUGGGCGAGGGCAGCUUUGUCAUGAGUGAGCUGGGCAGUAGUAGUGUGUUGCACGCUAUCACCACUGUCUACACCGACAA